GCGAGCAACGUGGCCAGGAAUGAAACUGGUACGGAAGAGGCUCGGAAUGCUGCUCAGAAUGCAGCAAAUUUGAACAAUGCUGCAGCGGCUGGUGCAGCUGCUGGAGCUGCUGCUGCUCCGGUUGGAUUGGAAGCCAUUUUGGCUAUGUUGGCGCAAGUCUUGGCAAGAUUGCCUGCUGCGGCGGCACCUCCGGUGGCUCCACCUGUUGCGGAGGAAGUGGAGAACGUGGUGCCUGAUGGAAUCCGUCUUACCUCAAGGUUAUGGACCACAUGCAGAAACUGGGAACAAAGUUCUUUUCGGGUGGUUCCAAACCAAAGGAAGCAGAUCAAUGGAUUGACAAGAUAGGGCGGAACUUUAAGUCGAUCCGUUGUCCUCUUACUUACAAGAAGGACAUUGCUGUCCACUACUUGGACGGUGAUGCGCACAUCUGGUGGCGAGGUGUAGCGGCUCGGAUUGGUGCUGAGAAUUGCACGUGGGCCAACUUUAAGACCGAAUUCCGUGGGAAGUAUUUUCCGCCAGAAGCAUUUGACCAGCUCAAGGGAGCUUUUCUCAGACUGAUACAGGGAUCCAUGACUGUAAGCGAGUAUGAAGCGGAAUUCAACAGCCUCAAGAAGUAUGCUGGGCGUGAGGCUGAGUCGAAAAUUUCCUUGGUCCGCAAAUUCAUGCGCGGACUCAGGGUUGAUCUCCGAACUCGUUGUAAGAUCCGCAACUAUGAUAUUGUGGCCGAACUGGUGGAAAAGACCGCAGAACAGGAAGCUAGAAUCAGUGAGGAAGCCAAGGUGUUUGGCACAGUGGCGCAUGUCCAUCCUAGUAAGCAUGCGGGAAAGAAUCAAAAGUCGGUGAAGGGUGGCUCUUCCAGCAAGCCUAAUGCAACAGGUCGCAGUGCAUGUUUGACUUGCGGGAAAAUGCACUUUGGUGUUUGUCGUGCUGCUUCAGGAGCUUGCCACCAUUGCAGAAGUAUGGAUCACAAGGUGCGUGAUUGUCCUGAGGAAGACCUAAGGCCGAAGAGCCAAAACAAGGGUGUUGGGGAACGUGUGUGCUACAACUGCGGUGAAACGGGGCACUACAAGAAUCAGUAUCCGAAGGAUGCGCAAUCUGCUGGGAAGCGUCCGAGCGAUGGGCCUCAGCCGGCUGCAAAGAGGCAGGCCAUCAUGCCGCGGGUGUACACAAUCGGUGAUGAGUCAAUGAACCCAAGCACGUCUCGUCCGAUCACUGGGACCUUAGUCAUGGGUGGAGUGGCAACCCAUGUUCUGUUUGAUUCCGGUGCAUCUCACUGCUUUGUGCAACCAGAGAUGAUUGGAAUUGGAGAAUUCCAGAAAGAACCAGAAGAAGAAGUAAGACUGGUUCGGGCGGCUGGUGGUCAGAUCAUGUACACUUCAGGGUAA